AUGGACGGAACGAAACAGAAACAGCAGCAACAGGCGCAGACCGAAAAGCAGCGGCCGAAUCCGGGUCCGGUGCCCCCUCGCCGGCUGAGGGAGCACUUCUUCCACAAGCUGCCGGACUAUGCCGGACCCUACAGCGUCGGGACGAUGGAGAUCGAGAUGCCGGCACGCGAGCCGAGGACAUUCUCACACAUCAAACGGAAUCACAAGCACGCCUUGCGGAUGGACACGGUACUCUUCGCCAUGUACUACCCGUGCGAUACGUCUUCGUACGCAUCGAAGCGGAAGAAGCCGUCGAGAGCUACGUGGUUACCGAGACCGCGGAUCCAGACCUGCAACGGAUUUGCGAAGUUUUAUGGCGUCUCGGACAUUCCGGUGACAGCAUACAUCGCGGCUACGACAAUGUUCACGAAGCUGCCAGUCUACCGGAACGCCAAUUUGGCCGAUAAGUUGGUCGAUGCGGCACAAGAGGAGGCGGUUGCGACGGACAGCCAGAAUACCCUGACCGGAGCCGAGAAUGUAAACCCCAAGUUUCCGGUCAUAAUAUUCAGCCACGGUCUUGGCGGCUCGCGGACCUGCUACAGUGCCGUUUGUGGCGAGCUUGCCAGCAACGGCUUUGUUGUCAUUGCUCUGGAGCACCGAGACGGUAGUGGUGCACGUUCGUACGUCAACGUCCCCCCUGAUGGCGACCUGGCAGGCACUUUGAAAACCGGCAAUACAGACGCCACAGACCACUACCAGUUAGAUUACCUCUUUCCGGAAGAUAAUGCCAUCGACACUGCACCACACAACACACAGGGAGUGGACACCGUACUGAGGAAUGCACAGAUCGAGAUGCGCAUGGCCGAAAUCGAGGAGGCGUACUAUACUCUCGAGAUGAUCAACAAUGGUGAAGGAGAGCUGGUCAGAAAGACCAACCUGCGAAAACAAGGCAAUGCGGGAUCAAGCUCGAAGGGGCUGGCGAAUAUUGAAUGGUCUAGUUGGGAAGGCCGAAUGUUUCUGCGCAAUGUCACAGCCAUGGGCCAUUCGUUUGGUGGUGCAACGACGGUCCAGGUUACACGUCAGGAGGACCGGUUCCCCUGGAUUGGCCAAGGUAUUCUGCUCGAUGCAUGGGGUCCAGCAACACCGAAAUUGGGAGAAGUUGCGCAUUCGCCCUUGCAGAAGCCCAUCCUGAUGAUUAAUUCCGAGGCCUUUAUGCAUUGGCCAGAGAACUUCCAGAGGCUCGACGACAUUGGUAGAGAGGCGAGAGACGGUGGCGCCUUGUGCUGGAUGCUGACCAUAAAAGGAUCGGCGCAUCUAUCCCAGUCCGACUUUGCGCUCCUUUAUCCCCAUUGGAUCUCCCUUUUGAUGAAGGCUGUCACCGACCCGAGACGGGCCAUCUACCUGACUGUCAACGCAUCCAUGGAAUUUUUGAAGAGAGUGCUGCCUUCCGAACAGACCGUCGGCAACACGUGGCCCGACGAAGGUAUAUUGCGUACAGAGCAGUUAGCAACGAAUAAGCUGCCCAGUGAUUACCGACCUGAGGACAAAUGGGUGGCUGCUCGACUGAAGAUACCGAAUGAGUUCUGGGUCCGGUCCACCAGCUGGUUUCGACGGAAGCGCAAGAUGUCAGGAGUAGCAACCGACGCGAAUGGGAAUCCACUGGUGGGCGUGAUUCAGUUUGAGCAGGGCGACGAAGUCUGGAUGCAUCUCAGUCCAGAUACGGCACAGUUAGAACGCCCAAAUCGCUCCGAGUCGAUACCUGUUACUACAGAGUAA